AUGGCGCUCAGGGGCGGCUUCCUGGGCCUGUUGGCCUGGCUCCUGCUCCUGCAGCCACGGCUUGGCGAGGCCCGCUCGGCCUCCGCGACCUCCGACCCCUCCGAAAUUUCCGAUCCCUCCAACCCCUCCGGCCCCUCGGAGUCCCCUCCGCCCACCGACAAGAUGCUGCAGACCCCGCCCGUGGCCACGGGGCCCACGGGGCCCACAGUUAUGGUGGUUAGUUCAGGUGAUCGUGAUUCCUCCAGGACGACUGAAUUCCCAUCAGCAUGUGGCCACAGGUCUAUGAGGAUAGUUGGUGGAAGGCCAGCCGUGCGGACAAGGUGGCCCUGGCAGGUGAGCCUGCAGAUCAAUAAUCAACACAUAUGCGGAGGCUCCCUCAUCUCCAAUCAGUUCGUGCUUACUGCAGCCCACUGCAUAUUUGGCCAUCUGGAAUACACAGUGAAGCUGGGGGACAAAGACCUGAAACAUCGAGCCCCAACGUCAGUCGAGAUCCCAGUCAAAGACAUUGUCAUCCACCAGUAUUACUCUCCUCUUGGAAUCAUCGAACAUGACAUUGCACUUGCUAUGCUGGCCUUCCCUGUGAAUUACUCCACACACAUUCAGCCUGUAUGCAUCCCUGAAAAGUCUUUCUUGGUAGAAACUGAUACCUUGUGCUGGGUCACCGGAUGGGGCAAGCUAAGCGAGCUAGAAAGGGCAUCAGAAGAGCUUCAGGAGGCUGAGCUAAACAUUAUUCGUCACCAGAAAUGUAAUGAGUUGCUUCAGAAAAGGACAAAAACUAAAGUUCAGUUUACCAAGGAAGGGACGGUCUGUGGCUAUAAUGAUGAAGGAAAGGACUCCUGUCAGGGAGACUCUGGGGGCCCCCUAGUCUGUGAAUAUAAUACAACAUGGAUCCAGGUGGGAAUUGUGAGCUGGGGCAUUGGCUGUGGUCGCCUUGGCUAUCCUGGUAUAUAUACAGAAGUUAGUUUCUACAGGGACUGGAUAGUUACUCUAAUGAACCGGGCUUCCUGUCUGGACUCAGCAAACUUCCUCAUGUUAAGCCUGUGUGUAGUCAUCCCGGUGACCCCGUGA